AUGAUAACACAGUAUUUUCCCUUUGCCUCUGGUCACAGUAGAAACACAAAGCAGUGGCUGUCCGACAGGAAGAAGAGAGCUUUGCAGAAGAAAGAUGUGGAUAUCCGGAGAAGAAUUGAACUUAUUCAAGACUUUGAGAUGCCCACAGUUAGCACAAAGAUUAAGGUAUCAAGAGAUGGACAGUAUGUUAUGGCAGUUGGAACUUAUAAGCCGAGGAUACGCUGUUAUGAUACCUAUCAGUUAUCCCAGAAAUUUGAAAGAUGCUUAGAUUCUGAAGUGGUUACGUUUGAGAUUUUAUCAGAUGAUUACUCAAAGAUUGUCUUCUUGCAGUGUGGCAGGUUUGUGGAGUUUCACUCACAACAUGGUCAUUACUACAAGACAAGAAUACCAAAAUUUGGUAGAGAUUUCUCUUACCACUAUCCAUCGUGUGACCUGUAUUUUGUAGGAGCAAGUUCUGAAGUGUACAGGCUAAAUCUGGAACAAGGAAGAUUUCUGAACUCACUGCAAACUGAUGCUUCAGAGAGUAAUGUCUGUGACAUAAAUCCUGUGCACUUCUUGUUUGCUAUGGGGACAGCUGAGGGUAAAGUGGAAUGCUGGGAUCCUAGAACUAGAAAUCGAGUUGGGCUGUUGGACUGUGCUUUAAGCAGUGUGACAGCAGAUGCAGAGAUAGAUGGUUUACCAUCUGUUUCAGCACUGAAAUUUGAUGGAGCUUUGAAUAUGGCUGUUGGAACAUCUACUGGGCAGGUUUUGUUAUAUGAUCUCCGGUCUAGUCAUCCUUUAAUAGUCAAAGAUCACCACUAUGGCCUGCCUAUUAAGUCGAUUCAGUUUCAGAGUCAGUUGGAUUUAAUUAUCUCUGCAGAUUCUCGAAUCAUAAAAAUGUGGAACAAAGAUACAGGGAAGAUAUUUACUUCAAUGGAGCCAGAAUAUGAGAUCAACGAUGUCUGCCUGUAUCCAAAUUCAGGAAUGCUAAUGACGGCCAAUGAAGCCCCUAAAAUGAAUAUCUAUUAUAUACCAGUUUUAGGACCUGCCCCAAAGUGGUGUUCCUUCUUGGACAACUUGACUGAAGAACUGGAAGAGAAUCCAGAGAGCACAGUUUAUGAUGAUUACAAAUUCGUUACCAGAAAAGACCUUGAAAAUUUAGGUCUUGCUCAUCUCAUUGGAUCAUCAUUGCUCAGAGCAUAUAUGCAUGGCUUUUUCAUGGACAUACGACUUUAUCAUAAGGCCAAAAUGAUGGCCAACCCCUUUGCCUAUGAGGAAUACAGAAGAGAGAAAAUAAGGCAGAAGAUAGAAGAAACACGUGCACAAAGAGUUCAACUAAAGAAACUUCCAAAAGUCAAUAAAGAGCUUGCACUGAAGCUGAUUGAAGAAGAAGGAGAAGAGCAACACGUUGCUAGAAAGAGAAAACAGAAGAAUCUGCCUAGCCUUCUUAAAGACGAUCGGUUUAAGGUCAUGUUUGAGAAUCCAGAUUUCCAGGUGGAUGAGCAGAGUGAAGAAUUUAGACUACUUAACCCACUUGUUUCUAAAAUAAGUGAGAAAAGAAAGAGGAAACUGAAGAUCUUGGAGGAGCUGGAAGCACAAGAACAGGAAGAGGAGGAAGAACUAGAAGGAAAAGCAAGUGAUGCAGAAAGUUCUGAGAGUUCAGAUGAUGAAAAAGGCUGGGUUGAAGAGGUCAGGAAACAGCGCAAGCUUCUACGCCAAGAGGAAAAACUAAAGCGGCAGGAAAGGUCCAAGGAAGAUCAGCAAACAUUACUGAAGCCUCAGUUUUUUGAGAUUAAAGAAGGAGAGGAAUUCAGAAGCUUCAAAGACUCCGCCAAAAAACAAAAAUUAAUGAAGAAGACUCUUGGAGAUCGUUUAAAGCUUGAAGAAAAACUUGGCACGCUCAAUGUCUCUGAUACCACAGUAGGCAGCAAACAGGCAACAUUCAAAUUAAAGAAGUCAGAGCAGCAAAAGAAACAGCGGGAAGCUGAGAAACAGCAUCGUCAAGAGAGGAGAACUCUUCGGCGUUCUGCUAGUCAUCUCAAGAGCAAACGUGGAAGAGGAAGACUGUUCCAUUGAUGUAUUUUAUGUUUUUUUUUAAAUAAACUUAUUCUUAAUUGGAAAAAGGAACUUUUUCAAAUUGGAACACAGUACCAUUUUCUUUGUAUUUUGAUACAGUGAUGAACACAAAACCCAGAACUUGCUAAACUCUGUGUUAAUUAUUGAAAAGUUUAUGAAAUUGAAAGUAUCAACCAAAGGACACUACAAGUAUGUUGUGUUAUAAACUCCAGCGUGAACUCUGUUUGUGCAGAAAUCACCAGCAACUGGUUAUUGUGUAACCCCAGAUGUUUUCUAUAUAAGAAUUUAUGUAUAUAACGAGGCUGCUUGUCUUUUAUUAACUUUUGGUUUUUGCUUUCU